CAAGAUAAUGAAAUAUGGAUCUUGGCCCACUAGAGGUUUCGCCGGAAAUCUCCGAAUCAAUAUCGAGGGUUAUUGAUUUGUUAAAAAUAGUGGGAGAUAAUUAAUUAAAGGCCUAAUUAAUUAUUAAACAUGAUAGAUAACCUAGUUUGCAAAAAUUUUCUGUAGAUGGCAAACAACAACAACCCAUUCAACCUGCGUUACAUCCUGAAAAACAACAAGUUAUCCGGGACCAACUUUCUUGACUGGGAGAUGAACCUCCAGAUCGUUCUUGACUGUGAGAGGAAACUCUACAUCCUCGAAACGGAUCCUCCCAAGACCCCUGAUGCUGAUGCUCGUGCGUUCGAACUCACUUCCUUCAAGAAGUAUGAGGACGACGCACGAGAUGUAAAGUGUAUCAUUAUGGCCAGUAUGACCGCGGAGCUCCAAAGGCUCCACGCGGACAUGGAAGUGCAUCCUAUGAUACAAUGCUUAAGAGACCUUUACCAGGGUCAGCCCCAAAACUCAGGAAUUUACGUUAUCGAAGUCAAUAUGUCUGAUAUCACCUCUUGGGUGAUGGAUACUGGAUGUGGUUCUCACAUCUAUAAAGUAAUUUUUGUGGGAUACCCCAAGGAAACUAGAGGGUAUGAGUUCUAUCAUCCAUCCGAUAACAAAAUUUUCGUUGCUCGGAAUGGAAUCUUCCUUGAGAAGGAGUUUCUUUCUGCUAUCACUAGUGGGAGAAAGGUAGACCUCGAAGAAAUUCGAGAACCACAAGAAGAAGUCCCGAUAGUGUUGGAACCUGAGAAAAGAGAUCAAGCAAUUGAACCUCAAAUUGCUCAAGAUAUACCACGUAGGUCAGACCGGAUACGUAAUCCUCCGGUCAGAUAUGGAUUUCUCAUGUCUGAUCAAGGUGACGUCUUGUUGGUAGAUCAAGGCGAACCAGAGACCUACCUCGAGGAAAUUACAUGCCCCGAAUCCGAUCUAUGGCUCGAAGCCAUGAAAUCUGAAAUGGAGUCUAUGUACACAAACCAAGUGGUGGUCCCAAAGUGGUGAGAUACAAAGUCUAGAGGGGGGGGGGGGGUGAAU